AUAUGAUUGGUUUCUUUUGUGUAGGUUUUGCCCUGUCAUUUUCCAUCCUCACGAAUAGGUCGAUAACUUCCCGCCCACUUUCCAAACCGCCAUUUUGAAACUGUCUGAAAUUGAGUUCCGACCAGUCUCUGUGGAUGCAGCCAUCGGGUGAAGUGACCACAACACAAUCAUUAACAUGGAGGAGGUGGGGGACCCGAAGCCCACAAAGAAAACUGAGAAACGUGCGUUGCCCGAAGAAAUGGGGGAUGACGAUGAGGCUGAAAGAGUCGAUAAAAAGGAAGAAAGCAGCACUGUAUAUGGGAAACGAAUAAGUACAGGUGAAGUAAUUGAAGGGAAAAGGCAGAAGAAGACUGUGCAGAGACUUGACUUCAGUGUCGCCAAACCAAAAGAACGUGUUAAGAUUGAGCAGGGAAGAGGAGACAAACUGGGAGACAUCAUGCGUGUGGCCUAUUUCAUCGGCAAAAUGAAAGUGGAGGACUUGAAGCCUCUUCAUAAGGUCAUGUUUGAUCGUCCAGGGGCAGCGUCGUCGGUGAAGAAGAACAUCCGUCAAUUCAGUGGUUUUCCAUUUGAGGCAAACAGCCAGGCCUACACGAAAAAGAAGGAGAGGAUAAAAAAGUUUACGAAUGCUCUGCUGAAGAAUAUGUGCUAUGUCCUGGACCUUGAGAGGAGUGGAACUCAUGACGCCAAAAUCGACAGGAUUCUUUCUUUCCUCUUAGACCCAAAGAUGUCAGGAAGGGCCUUGCCAAAGAAGAAACGGAAAACCAAAGACUCAAAAAGAAAAGCACAGAGAUCGAACAGGAAAAGCGUGCAGGAAGACAGCAAGUCCAGGGCCAUCCUCACAGACUCCAGCACCGAUGACGAGGACGAGGACAAGGAGCAGGACGGCCAGGCAGAUGAGGACUCUGCUGAGAAGUCUGCCCCGGCACCCAAGAGCCGCGAGAUAAUAAGCGACGAUUCGUCGAGCGAUUCUGCCGUCGACAAGGACACAGACGAGGAGGUUAAAAAACCCAAGGUGGUAAAAAAGCCUGCUCCAAAGAAGAAACCAGCGCGGGCAAAGCCAACACCCGUGAAGUCGGCUGCCAAAUCCAAGAAGGCAGACAGCAGCAGCGGACGGCGGAAAAAGGCCAACACCACCAGCGGAGGAUCGGACUUGGACGACAGCUCGGACGACGAGCCUUUGGCCAAGAUGGUGAGGAAGCCGCUGACGGACGAGCAGCUGAAGGAGACGGUGAAGGGCUUACUGAAGGGAGCCAAUCUGGAGGAGGUCACGAUGAAGCAGAUCUGCAAGCAAGUUUUUGAGACGUACCCAGGCCAUGACCUGUCCAGCAGGAAGGACUACAUCAAAGAAACAGUGAAGCAGUUAAUAUCCUAAAGAAGAUGAAAAAACAGCCAGCAAAAGCCCCUGGAUCUCUUUGUGGAUUGAAUUGGCUGAAGAGUGUACCGGCAAAGGAAAUAAGAAUGUAUCUGCAUUAUCGCUUGUGUAUUUACCGAUUUUACAAUUCAGCCUCCCUUCAUUAUUUGUCUUAAAGUGUUUGUGUAUAGUUUUCUGUGAUUAUUUUUAUGUUUGUAUGCACUGUAUGUGUAUAUAUGUAUUACAUAUGCAUCUGUGUGUGUUUGUGUAUACAUAUAUACACAUACACACACAAAUUAUACAUUUUCAUACAGUAAACCUUUUUUUAAAUAUAUUUCUUUAAAUGUUUUUUUUUGAGGGCAUGCCUUCUGGUAGCUACAAUUUUACAUCCCAUAGAGUAUGCGGCUUUAAUUAGGGGCCAAUUAAGUCGAAUUGAAUUAAUGCAUUCAUGAUUCACGUAAGCAUAACACUUCUGUUAAUUUUGUGUAAAUACUGAAACGACUGACCUCACAGUGUUCAAAUUGUGGAUUAUAUGAAUCAACCAUACCAUACCGUACCAUAUUAAUCAGAGAAAACAAAAUGAAACGCCACGUAAAAGAACAUAGACGUUCAUUAGAUUGAAGCAUUCAACUAAAAGGUCCCCACUGAGGAGCAACAAGGCAUAACGUGUCGCAAAGUAAUAUUAUGUAGGAACAGCUAGUUAUGGCUAUUUUUAGUUUUUUUGUGACAAUAUAAAACGCGGAUUAAAGAGAACCCAGUCAUUGUCGUCGUGCAAAGCAUUGUCAUAUACAAAACGGACAGUUACUCACACAGCUGGGACUUGUUUUAAUUUUACACAAAGGUAAAAUUGUAUAUACAAGUUACUUUUGUUGUCAAUAAACUGCUGUGUUUUACGUUGAAACAAAUAUAUUUUCCCAGUUUCAUUUUGGUUGCAUUGAUUUGUUUUUAUUACUAGCAGAUGGAGAGUUUGUUGUUACUCCCAUGACUCCAUUGUGGAUAUGGCAUAGUGAUGUAUCUGGCCUCACCAUGAGGAAGGACCACCCUACAAAGCAAUGACUAAUUAAUUGAAGGAGAGCAUUGACAUAGAUAUUGUGUUGUUUUGAUGCAAUGUAUUAUUGACAUUGCGAGCAUAUGAACUUGGGGUAUAGGCAGCUGUUUUUCUUAUUUUAUGUCGAAAGACAAGUUGGUGCCCUAUUGAAAUCAAAUUCCACCAUGGCUGAAAAUUAUUUGGCUUGUUUGCUAAACAUUGUUGCAUGUAUGUUUCCCCCGACAACUGUUUUGUGUGUAAUGUGUUGCUACUGGAUUAUAAGUUAUUUGUUUUGUAUAUUUAGCUUUUUUUUUUUAUUUUUAUUGCAUGCAUUUAAUUUUUGUAAAAGUGGGCAUAAUAUGCUGCCAGGGUGAUGUUAUUCAGUCCUCUGAGCGGUGUAACUUAAGGUGAGCUAAAUGCAACAUCACUCAAUGACUUUGGCACCAGUAUACUGUAUUUUUGAGUGGCAACUUGAGUACUGAGUCUAGUUUGAUUGCCAGGAGAUAGGUGAUGACAGGCAAUGAAUAUGGCACUCAUCUCAAGGAAAACAAAUGGAGACAUGCGACAUCGGGGCAUGUUCGGCCGAUCCAGAAGGCAUAAAAUGUUCAUAUAAAAUGAUCUGUUGAUUGUUUUCUUUUAUAUAUGUAUGAUAUUUUUGGUUAACAGUUGUAAAAUCUUUUUAUUAAAGUUUUUUAAGGCUUUGGCAUCACUGUUAAA